AUGAUGCAUAAUAUGGACUUGAAAUUUAUAUCACUCGCGUUUAUUUCAUUAUUUUAUGUUUAUGGAUCUCCCAUUGAAUUACACUCUAACUCAAUCAAUACGCUUAGUACAGUUUUAAAUGAUAUCAUUCAAGGUAAUGUGGCAAAUAUACAAACAGCUGAUCAAAUACUCAAUGCAUUGCUAUUGGCAAUAGGCAAUACUCUCUCACCUCCAUCGACAAGGGAACAAAUUAUUGAUGCAGCUGCUAAUGCAUCAAAUGCAAAAACAAAUUCGUCACCACCUAAUCUCAUAGAAUAUGCUGUGAAUUUGCUUAUUUUAGGUAUAGAUCCAAAUAAUGUUCAUACGAACAUUGCUUCUUUAACGACAUUCAAUAGUAUGACAAAUAACAAUCCUCAUUUAUUGAAUGUAAUCAAAGCUGAAGAUCCACAAUUCUCAGCGGAUGAAAAUAUUCUUCGAGCCGCAAUGUAUUUUCCCACUACAUUCAAUAUAUUGAAUAGCUCAGAUAUCCCUGCAAUCAUCAUGAUCCCUGCGACUGCCAUUCCGGGUGGUCAAUCAUGGGCUUCAAAUUAUGCUAAAAAGUUUGCUGAAGAAAAAAUUGCUAAUCCUAUGUGGCUCAACAUACCCUCAUUUACUCUCCAAGAUGCACAAAUUUCUGCUGAAUAUGUGGCAUAUGCUAUUAAUUAUGUUUCACAAUAUACAGGAAAUGGUAACGUAUCAGUGAUUGCUUGGAGUCAGGGCACGGUGAAUACUCAAUGGGCUUUAAAAUAUUUUCGUUCGACACGAAAAAUAGUUUCAGAUUUUAUUGCAAUUUCACCAGAUUUUCGCGGCACAGUUCUAGCUGAAGUCCUAUGUCCGAAAUUCCCACGGCUUCCUUGUGCACCCAGUAUUUUACAACAAAUUGAUAGCUCAACUUUUAUAAAAGUAUUGAGACAAAACGGAGGUGACUCUGAAAUUGUACCCACCACCACCGUAUACAGCGCUACUGAUGAAGUCGUACAACCUCAAAGUGGACCACAAGCAUCGGGACUUCUUUUGAAUGCAAGUAAUAAUCUCAUUCAAGAUAUUUGUCCUUUACAACCAGCAGGUUUAAUAUAUACGCAUGAAGGAAUGUUAUAUAAUCCACUAGGAUACGCUUUAGCUGUCGAUGCGCUCACACAUGAAGGACAUGCCGAUGUAAAUAGAAUGCUAAGACAGAAUCCUGCUAUCUGUCUGUUACUAACUACACCUGGUUUAACUGUCGAGGAUGUACUAAUAGCUGAAACUACAAUUAUUACUUUUGCACUCAAUAUUAUCACCUAUUCUCCAAAGCAAUUUAAUGAACCAUCUAUUAAAAAAUAUGCUUUAUCUAAUGCUAAUUGA